AUCAUCUCGCGAUUUCGAGUCGCGCCAUCUGCCCUCACGGCAGGGUCUUUCGUUGCAUCCGAGAUCAAAGCACUGGAGGUGCUAAAUCAGAUACACACGCUGCUGCACACCAAGCACGAAGGCUAACCGAUACGGAGGCGAAGAGUAUGGCGCGAUUUUCGCUGCUCCUGCUGUUGGGCAGCGCGAGCGCCUUCGUGACGCCGACUACGCGCGUGCGCGACACGACCCUGCACGCCGUCGAGGCUGAAGAAAUUGGUGACGCCAUUGCGUUACAAGCGUUUAGGGCGUUAGACGCGGUCGUCGACGGCGGCUUCGCUGCCGGAGACAUCCUCCAGAAUAAAGUAGCACCAGCUUUAGCGCAGGGCGGCGACGCGGCGGCCGUGGCAUUAAAGACCAAGGUCGUUCCGGCCCUCGCGGACGGCGCCGAGGCGUUCCAGACGAACGUCGUCCCGGCCGUCGGCGAGGCGAUCACGGCGGGCGCGGCGGGCGCCGGCGACGCGUUCUACGCCUCGCUCCAGGCGGCGCGCGACGCGGGCGUCUCCGACAGCGCCCUGGCCACGGGUGCCGUGAUCUGGGUCGCCGUGACGGGCGCGGCGAUCGCGCGCAAGGCGACGCCCCCGCCGCCGCCCCCGCCGACGCCCGCGGAGAAGGCCGCAGCGGCCGCCCAAAACGCGGUCAACGCCGGCUUCAAGGCUUUUGAAGUUGUGCAAGGAAGGCCCUACACGCCGUUAAAGUCAAAGGCGGUCGAGGACGCAGUUAAACCGAUAGCCAACUCGGCCAUCAACAUCUACAAGGCGACUGAAAGUGCAGCCAAGGCCGCGCCGACCUUCACGCCCAAGCUCACGAAGACGCUGGAGCAGGCCUACAAGGACGCGCCGUCCGUCUCGGCGAAGCUCGGCCAGCAGGCCCAGACGGCCCUGUCGCGGAAAGCUCAGGAGACGCAGCGGGCCGCCCAGGAGGCGGCGAAGCGCGCGGCCGCGCGGGGCGGCCCCUACGCCCAGCAGCUGCAGGCCCGAGCGACCCAGGCCGCCGCGAAGCAAACCGAGCUCCUACGAAAGCAGGCCGCGGAGCAGGCCAAGGCCGCCGCCGCCGUCGCGUCGAAGCAGCCCGCCUUCCAGCAGGUCUCUAGAACGUACUCGUCCGUGGCACCGGCCGUCACCAAGGCCUACGCCACGGCCGCGCCCGUCAUCAAGAACACGGCCGUGAAGUACGCGGCGGUCCCGGCCGGCGAGGCCCUGCGCAAAGCGUCCCAGGAGCUCCAGAAGACCAAGGAGUACAAGACCUUCGCCGCGAAGCCCGAGGCCGCUAUUGGUGUUGGUACUUUCCUGUUUGCUACCGUGAUUGCUUUAGCCGCACCGAAGCCGGCGAAGAUCGUCGCGCCGCCGCCGCCGCCCGAGCCGGUUGUCGUGGUGGCACCUUCAAUCACGGCGAUCAAGGCGCUCGACGUCACCAAGGUCAAAUUACCCGAGGUCGACGUCUCCAAGGUCAAGCUGCCGGACGUCGACGUCGCCAAGAGUCUGGAAACAAUCAAGAAGAUCGACGUGAGCAAGGUCAAGGUCCCCGACGUUUCGACCAUCGACGUCUCCAAGGCCUCGGCCCAGUUAGGGGAUGCGGCCAAGAAGACGACCGCCGAGGCGUCCAAGACGAUCAGCAAGGCCGCGGCGGACGCGGGCCCGGCCAUCGGCGCGUUCACGGCCGACGUCGCCGUGCCUGCGUUGAAGUAUGGUGCUGAUGAAACUACGAAGGCGGCGUCGGCCGCGGCGUCGCAGGUCGCCGUCGAGGCGUCCAAAGUGGACUGGGCGGGCUUAGCUGAGGGUGCAUUAGAGCAGACGGUCGUGUUCCUCGUCUACGUGCCGGUCUUCGCGUACACGUUCGCCGCUUCCUUACCCGCCGAGGAGCAGUUCGUGCUGGGGCUCGUGGUGCUCCUCGUCGUGGGCUCGUUCGCGAAGCAGGACGACUGAAUCCCCUCCCUUCCCCGCGCGUUCGCGCGAUGGUCUACCGUACCCGGUGACGUGUUAAUUUGAUGAUCAAAGCAA